CCGCAAAGUGGCAGUCACGUGGUCGAGUUGCUGCGCCCGAUGGCGGCACCGACGGUCGGGAGCCAGGCGGCCGGGUCGCUGCUGGCCUGGCUGGCCUGGCUGUUGCUGAGCUGCCCGGCAGGCGCCCUGCCGAUCCCGGGGCCCGGCUGGCAGCGCAACGGGCUCGACCUGCCCGCGUCCCGCAUCCGCUCGGUGCUGCUGGACGCCGCGUCGGGCCAACUGCGCCUGGUGGAGGGUCUCCACCCCCAGGCGGUGGCCUGGGCAAACCUCACCAACGCCAUCCGCGAGACCGGGUGGGCCUUUCUGGACUUGGGCACAAAUGGCAACUAUAAUGACAGCCUGCAGGCCUAUGCAGCUGGUGUGGUGGAAGCCUCUGUGUCUGAGGAGCUUAUCUACAUGCACUGGAUGAACACAGUGGUCAAUUACUGUGGCCCCUUUGAGUAUGAAGUUGGCUACUGCGAGAAGCUCAAGAACUUCCUGGAUGCCAACCUGGUGUGGAUGCAGAAGGAGAUGGAGCUCAGCCGGGACUCACCCUACUGGCACCAGGUGCGGCUGACCCUUCUGCAACUGAAAGGCCUGGAGGACAGCUAUGAAGGCCGUUUGCACUUCCCAACUGGGAGGUUCACCAUCAAACCCUUGGGGUUCCUUCUGCUGCAGAUAUCAGGAGACCUGGAAGACCUAGAGCUGGUCCUGAAUAAGACCAAGACCAAGUCUUCCCUGGGCUCGGGCUCCUGUUCUGCCCUCAUCAAGCUGCUGCCUGGCCAGCGGGACCUCCUGGUGGCCCACAACACCUGGACAUCCUACCAGAAUAUGUUGCGCGUCAUCAAGAAGUACCAGCUGCAGUUCCUGGAGGGGCCGAAAGAGGAGUACCCCCUGGUUGCUGGCAACAACGUGGUCUUCUCGUCCUACCCUGGCGCCAUCUUUUCCGGUGACGACUUCUACAUCUUAGGUAGCGGUCUGGUCACCCUAGAGACCACCAUCGGCAACAAGAAUCCAGACCUAUGGAAGUACGUGAAACCUGAGGGCUGCGUGCUAGAGUGGAUCCGCAACAUUGUGGCCAACCGCCUGGCCCUGGAUGGGGCCACCUGGGCCGAGAUCUUUAAGAAGUUCAACAGUGGCACGUAUAAUAACCAGUGGAUGAUUGUGGACUACAAGGCGUUUGUCCCUGGUGAGCCCUGCCCUGGGAGCCGGGUGCUUACCAUCCUGGAACAGAUCCCGGGCAUGGUGGUAGUGGCUGACAAGACUGCGGAGCUCUAUGAGACGACCUACUGGGCCAGCUACAACAUCCCGUUCUUUGAGACUGUGUUCAACGCCAGUGGGCUGCCAGCCCUGGUGGCCGAGUACGGAGACUGGUUUUCGUAUAGCAAGAGCCCUCGAGCACAGAUCUUCCUGCGGAACCAUUCACUUGUAAAGGACAUGGACUCAAUGAUCCAGCUCCUGAGGUAUAAUGACUUCCUCCAUGACCCCCUGUCACUGUGUGAAACCUGUGACCCGAAGCCUAACGGAGAGAACGCCAUCUCUGCCCGCUCUGACCUCAACCCAGCCAAUGGUUCCUACCCGUUCCCAGCCCUGCGCCAGCGCUCCCAUGGUGGCAUCGAUGUGAAGGUGACCAGCUAUUCACUGACCAAGUUCAUGAGCUUGAUGGCAGCCAGUGGCCCCACGUGGGACCAGGUGCCCCCCUUCCAGUGGAGCACCUCACCCUUCCACGACAUGCUACACAUGGGCCAACCUGACCUCUGGAAGUUCUCACCUGUCCAGGUCCUGUGGGACUGACCUCCAUGUUGCCCAGCUGCCUUUGCCCUGCAUAGCCUUCAGGGUCACACACCUGCUGCCCACCCCUCCGGUCUUUCCCUGCGCUGGCCCCUGGUCUUAACACAAACUCUGUGAGCUCAGAGCUCACUGUCUGUCCUUCUGCCUUUCACCCCUUCAUGGCUCUUUCUAUCAACUGUGUCUCUGUCCCUCCCAACAGUGGGCCAGGGCUCAUACUUGGCUGAGGGCCUGGUGGGGUCCUGGGCACCCUUUGACCAGGAUUGCUCCCUCUGUGUGUGGAUCACAGGCUGGUGGGGCUCAGCGUCCAGUCCUAGGUAUGACUCAUGGUUGGUGUCAUUCCUGGCCUGCAGGCCCAGCCCCUCUGUCUUCUCAGGGAGCAGUCCUUUGUCCCCUUCUGGGCAGCUUCCUUAAGGACAGAAGCUUGAAAACAAAAACCACCAAGUUUCUGGCCACUUGUGGCUGGAGGGUCCCCGGUGUCUUUUCUGCAGGGCAUGUGACCUAUCACCCCACACUCCUGCCUCCUGUCCUUCCCUGGCCUAGGCCUGCCCCUGGCCUCCUGGCAGUGCCCCUGGCUCCCCAAUGUGGGAACCAAAUCACAGGCUGUGCCACCAUUAAACAGGAGAGGCCUG